AUUUUUUUUAGUUUCCUACCGGAACGCUUUGCGAUCAUCAGUGUUGUCGCACGGACCCAUUUCCCCGGCAACGCACCGCCGAGAGCGCAGUACCGUGCCUGAGCUGCGAUGGAGAAGCUGAAGGGCUUUGAGUUCUGGAGGAAGACUCUUCGUGCCGCACGCUUCGUCCUCGCGCCCAUGGUGGACCAGAGCGAGCUCGCGUGGAGGCUGCUGAGCCGCAGGCACGGGGCGGAGCUGUGCUACACGCCGAUGCUGCACGCGCAGGUCUUCGUACGCGACGCCAACUACCGGCGAGAAAACCUCUACCACGAAGUGAGCCCCGAGGACCGGCCUCUCAUCACCCAGUUCUGUGCGAACGACCCAGAGGUGUUUGUCCAGGCAGCACUUUUAGCUCAGGACUACUGCGAUGCCAUUGACCUGAAUUUAGGAUGCCCUCAGAUGAUCGCUAAACGAGGCCACUACGGUGUUUUUCUGCAGGAUGAAUGGGACCUGCUGGAGAGAAUGAUUAAAUUAGCCAAUGAGAAGCUCUCCGUGCCCGUCACAUGCAAAAUCCGGGUUUUCCCAGAGGUCGAGAAAACAGUGAAGUACGCCAAGAUGCUGGAAAAAGCGGGUUGCCAGCUGCUCACCGUUCACGGCAGAACCAAAGACCAGAAAGGAGCACUGACCGGAGUGGCGAGUUGGGAGCACAUUAAAGCCGUACGAGAAGCUGUAAACAUCCCGGUUUUUGCUAACGGAAACAUUCAGCACCUGAGUGACGUGCAGCGCUGCAUGGAGGAGACGGGAGUGCAGGGCAUCAUGAGUGCAGAGGGGAACCUGCACAAUCCGGCACUGUUUGAGGGCCGUAACCCACCCGUGUGGGAAAUGGUGGAGGAAUACCUAGAGGUGGUGAAGACACACAUGCCCAGCACCCUAUCACACGUCCGAGCUCAUCUUUUUAAACUCUGGCAUCACACGCUACAGAUCCAUCAGGACCUGAGAGAAGAUCUGGCCAAAGCAAAGAACCUGGCAGGAAUCGAGGAGGUGAACAGACAGCUGAAGCAGCGCUGCCAGGAGGAGAUGGAGAAGGACGAAUCGGCGCGACAUCACACCGGUCUGCCUUUUCCUCACUGGAUCUGUCAGCCGUACGUCAGACCAGCGCCGAAGGAUCCGAGCGGCGAGAACGGCGUGAAGGCGGCGAGCGGGAAAAGAGCGCUGGAGGACAGCGACAGCUCCAACGACUCGCUCUCCAAGAACAAGCAGAAGAAGAAAGUCAGGAACCCGCAGAAGAACUUCUGCCCCGAGCUCAAGCCAAAGUACAUCAAAUGUGAGCAAUGUGGGAAUCCCAAAGGGAAUAAGUGUGUCUUUAACCUAUGUCGAGGAUGCUGUAAGAAAAAGGCCUUUAGGGAAGUGGCAGAUUGUCCAGGUCACGGCUUGAGGUUCAAGACGAAAGCGCAGAAACAGAAGCUCGCUGUCCAAGCGGAGACGCCGAUCUCGUCCUAAACCUCGGUGUUGCUCCAGUUUUUCCGGCUCGGACUUGGCUAACGGUUGGGUUUUAUCCUCGGCAGCAUGAACUCGUGCUGUAAACCCGACACGACGAGAGCAUCUUCCUCAUCGACACACAUGCAUUCAACCUGCUGCUGAAGAGUAAACACCGAGUACUGCUUUAGACAGGAACGGAUUCCGGACCGGAUUACAGAAAUAAUCACACACGCCAUUAAAACCUGUGUCUUGCAGAGACUACGUUUUGUACAUAGGGUUUUCACAGAGCUAAGCUCCGCCCCCAAAAUGUUGCUAGGACCAUUCUAAUGAUCAGUGUUGCAGCAACAUUGUUUUAGCUAAGCCCCGCCCCCAGAAAGUUGCUAUUAUAUUCUAAAGAUCGGUGUUGCAGUAACAUAGUUUUAGCUAAGCCCCGCCCCCUAAAAGUUGCUAGUACCAUUCUAAGGAUCUGUGUUGCUGCAACAUUGUUUUACCUAAGUCCCGCCCCUAAAAGUUGUUAGUAUCAGUCUAUGGAUCGGUGUUGCAGCAACAUUGUUUUAGCCAAGCCCCGCCCAAAAAAGUUUCUAGUACGUUUUAAGAUUUCGGUGUUGCAGUAACAGAGUUUUAGCUAAGACCCGCCCCCUAAAAGUUUCUAGUACGUUUUAAGAUUCCGGUGUUGCAGUAGCAUAGUUUUAGCUAAGCCCUGCCCCCUAGAAAUUGCUAGUUUGUUCUAAGGAUCUGUGCUGCUGCAACAUUGUUUUAGCUAAGCUCUGCCCCUAAAAGUUGCUAGUACCAUUCUAAGGAUUGGUGUUGCAGCAACAUUGUUUUAGCUAAGCCCUGCCCCUAAAAGUUGCUAAGGAUUGGUGGUGCAGCAACAUUGUUUCAGCUAAGCCCUGCCCCCUAGAAAUUGCUAGUUUGUUCUAAGGAUCUGUGUUGCUGCAACGUUGUUUUAGCUAAGCCCCACCCCUAAAAGUUGCUAGUACCAUUCUAAGGAUUGGUGUUGCAGCAACAUUGUUUUAGCCAAGCCCCGCCCAAAAAAGUUUCUAGUACAUUUUAAGAUUUCGGUGUUGCAGUAACAGUUUUAGCUAAGCCCCGUCCAAAAAAGUUUCUAGUACAUUUUAAGAUUUCGGUGUUGCAGUAACAGUUUUAGCCAAGCCCCGCCCAAAAAAGUUUCUAGUACAUUUUAAGAUUUCGGUGUUGCAGUAACAGUUUUAGCCAAGCCCCGCCCAAAAAAGUUUCUAGUACAUUUUAAGAUUUCGGUGUUGCAGUAACAGUUUUAGCUAAGCCCUGCCCCCUAGAAAUUGCUAGUUUGUUCUAAGGAUCAGUGUUGUUGCAACAUUGUUUUAGCUAAGCCCCGCCCCCUUGAAAAUUGCCAUUAUACUGAAAACCUUGGUGUGGCUUUAAUCUUUACACUUUAAUCCUCAGAUAAUAAACAGAACAGACAGAAUACAAGGCGAAAAUAUUCAAACUAAUAAAUAAAAACGGUUUCCUUUUAUAAAAUUAAUUUAUUAAGACUUAGUUUAAGUGUAAGUACAGGAACACACGAUUUCGGUCUCUGCUGAUGUUCUACAGCCGCACCGCUCACACGGGAGAAAGCUUCGGAAAGGGUGACGUCAGAGCCGACCGAAUUAACCAGCAAGUGAUCUGAACACUUCUUGGAAAUAAAUAUGGAGCGUUGUAUCCCUGAGGUACAAGAACCUGCUGCUUUUCUUUUCUGAGGAUCGUUUUGGACAUUUCCACUGCUCUGUGUUUUUAACAAGGAAGUUUUUACAGUGAAUAAAACUUUUAAAAAUUCUUUUAAGCAAA